GCAAGUUGUGUUUCUCGUCACCGGUACGGCUCCAGCACCAUCAUCUCCACGACGUAGGGGAAUCAAGCGGCGCCCAGGAGCCAGCAAAGACACCGCUUGCCGCCAUUCAUAAACGUGCAAGAGAAGAGGCGCAUUCAUCCUCGGUCCCUACAACUACAACCAUCACCCAUGGCGACCUCACUAGCAUCCAGCCCCAUCAAGCCCAGUCCACAUACCAGACCCUCCUCCCCUCCACGACCCUCAGCAAUCGACUGGGCCUCAACAAACACUCUCCUCCCACACCAACCACAGUCCAAUGGCACCGCUCUCCCCUCCCCAAGCCUCCACAGCAUCCCACCAACCUGCACCCUCACCAAACCCCAGAAAAUCCCAAAAUACCCCCAACACACCUGCUUCCACGGCGCGCACUGCUGCAUCAAAUUCUCCGGCGAAGGCCCGCUUCACGCCGCAGACUUCAACCACUUGCCCGUCUGCCAUAACGGAUGUUGGAAGCGGGAGCGCGAUAGGUUGGAGAAGGAGGCGCGGGAUGCGUCGGCGGGGAGCUGCACGGUUGUGCUGCGUCGGGUGCCGGUUUGCCAUCGCGAGUGCUAUAUGAGGGGUUUGAGGCGCGUGGAAGGGGCGCCGAAUGCGGAGCGCGAGGUUGUGCCGCUUAAUCGCUGUUUGGGAGAGGUGCUGCGGUUGCCUUGGUUGGAGCAUUGGUAUUUGAGCUGGGUUGAGGGGAGGAAUGGUCAGGGGAGACAUGAGGGCGGUGAGCGGGUGGAGAGUCGUGGGGGCAGUCCGGGCGGGGAUCAUGAGGUGGGUGGUGUUGCUGUUGAUCCUCUGUGGAUCCGUAGAAUGCUGAUGUGCUGACCGGUGAGUAGCCAAGUUCGUCGAGACAAUGCUGAGCCGUCG